GGAGUGCUGCUCGCCUGCCGUAACCUGGCUGCAGGGAAAAUACACGCGGUGCUUUGCCUUUGUUUGCUGCGAUUUGUAAGUAAGUGUCAAGGAAAUGAGGAUUUGGCUGUAAGGAUGUUUUCAAGGCCACGUAUGUAUUUUUUUUUUCUAAGGAGGAUCGUGGAAGACAAGCUGACAAUUUAAUGGUGCAUGAUGCACUAAUAAAAAUGUCUGUGUGGUUGCCUUUAAUCCUUUAAAGGAGAGAAAAGCAACACAGCAGUUAUCAGCAUUCAAAAGGCAAGAUGCGGGCUGAAAUGUAUGCAAAGCCUUGGAGAGGGACCGGAGAAAUGUACCCACUAUGUUGCAGAAAGCUUCUGACAGGCACAUCACAUCUCUGAAAUGAUUCUGCAUGUCAAGAGCUGAGCCUGGAAAUUCGUCAGCAGGGCUGUCUUAAGAGCAGGCAGGACUGAGAAAUCGGAGAGGGAAAUCUCGUCGGGUCACCCACCAAUGUAUUAUUGAAGCUGAAACACCCGAGCCGCGUUAGAAUUCGGAGACCUCCCUUUGCUUAAGGUAUGGUGUGAAUAUGCGUUGCUUGGCAGCUCGGGUCAACUACAAGACUCUGAUCAUCAUCUGCGCCCUCUUCACGCUGGUGACGGUGCUGCUGUGGAACAGAUGCUCCUCGGACCGGGCCGGCCCGUUCCCCCGCAGCCCCGGCAGCCUCGAGCGCCGCGGGGCCGCCGCCAGCAAGGGGCCCGCACGCGACGCGGCCCGGCAGAGCGAGGAGGCUUCGCCCCAGGAGCAGCAGAAGGCUCCCCCCGUCGUGGGAGGCUUCAACAAAGCCCCGGGGCCGAAGUAUGAGGAGAUUGACUGUCUGAUCAACGACGAGCACACCAUCAAAGGGAGGAGGGAAGGCAGCGAGGUCUUCCUGCCGUUCAGCUGGGUAGAGAAAUACUUUGAGGUUUAUGGGAAAAUUGCUCAGUACGAUGGUUAUGACAGGUUUGAAUUCUCUCAUAGCUACUCCAAAGUAUACACACAAAGAGCACCUUACCACCCGGACGGGGUCUUUAUGUCCUUCGAGGGCUACAACGUAGAGGUUCGAGACAGAGUGAAGUGCAUAAGUGGUGUUGAAGGUGUGCCCUUAUCCACGCAGUGGGGACCUCAAGGCUAUUUCUACCCCAUCCAGAUUGCACAGUAUGGGUUAAGCCACUACAGCAAGAACCUGACGGAGAAGCCACCUCACAUCGAGGUGUACGAAACAGCUGAAGACAAGGACAGAGCCGGCAGGUCCGCGGAGUGGACGGUACCGAAGGGCUGUUCUCUUUCCACGGUGCCCGACAAAGCCAAGUUCACAAGCGUCAAACAGUUUGUUGCUCCAGAAAAUACCGAGGGGGUGUCUCUGCAGCUUGGGAACAGCAGAGAUUUUAUCAUCUCUUUUGAUCUCAAAUUCAUAACGAACGGGAGCAUUUCCGUGGUUCUGGAGACGACAGAGAAGAACCAGCUCUUCACCGUGCACUACGUCUCCAACACACAGCUCAUCGCUUUCAAGGACCGGGACAUCUACUACGGCAUCGGGCCCCGGACCAGCUGGAGCACCGUCACCAGAGACCUGGUGACCGACCUGCGGAAGGGAGUGGGCCUCUCCAACACCAAGGCCGUGAAGCAGACCAAAAUCAUGCCUAAGAAGGUGGUCAGGCUGGUAGCAAAGGGAAGGGGCUUCCUCGACAACGUCACCAUAUCGGCCACGGCUCACAUGGCAGCUUUUUUCGCUGCGAGCAGCUGGCUGGUGAGGAACCAGGACGAGCGGGGCGGCUGGCCCAUCAUGGUGACGCGGAAGCUGGGGGAAGGCUUUAAGUCCCUGGACCCGGGCUGGUACUCGGCCAUGGCCCAGGGCCAGGCCAUCUCCACGCUGGUCCGGGCCUACCUGCUGACCAAGGACCACACGUUCCUCAGCUCGGCCCUGCGGGCCACGGCGCCUUACAAGCUGCCGUCGGAGCAGCACGGGGUGAAAGCCGUGUUCAUGAACAGGCACGACUGGUACGAGGAGUACCCCACCUCGCCCAGCUCCUUCGUGCUCAACGGGUUCAUGUACUCACUGAUCGGGCUCUAUGACUUGAAGGAAACGGCCGGGGAGAAGCUGGGGAAGGAGGCGCGGGUGCUCUACGAGCGGGGCAUGGAGUCCCUGAAGGCCAUGCUGCCCCUCUACGACACCGGCUCAGGGACCAUCUACGACCUCCGGCAUUUCAUGCUCGGCACCGCUCCCAACCUGGCCCGCUGGGACUAUCACACCACCCACAUCAACCAGCUCCAGCUGCUCAGCACCAUCGACGAGGCCCCGAUUUUCAAAGAGUUCGUCAAGCGGUGGAAGAGCUACCUACGGGGCGGCAGGGCAAAGCACAACUAGAGCUGACAACCAAAACCCCCGUGCCUGCUGUCGGCGGGAAGGGUUGGCUCCUCGGAGCUCGGCGGAGGUACAUUUCAAAAGGUUGCAUACUACAUUUUUACAGACCGUUUCAAAGAAGUGAUCCUUAGAACUGAUCUCCUGAAAUAAUUGCAUUCCAGUGUGAAACUACUUGGGUCUGAUGGGUAGGAUUCGGGAACUCCAGCUCGCUCACCUGUCCUUAGCGCUCCACCGUGAAGUUAGCCGCACGAAGCAGAACCCGUUUGUGCUCCUGAGCUGGGGGACGUCUUUGUUUUUCCGUUUUGCAGGAAAAUAUUUACAGAAGCCAUACAGGUCUCUAAAGUCCAGCACUUGCCUGAAAAGUUAGUAUGUGGCCUCUUUAAAAAUGGAGUUCUGUGUGUGUAUGUUGGGACAGCGUAACGGAUCGCGUGGUGUAAUGCAGCAAACGUGCAUUUCCUUGUCGCCUGGGUAGUGGACAGUGUAGCUUUUUCAAGGUGUUUCUUUUAUAUGGAUUCUUUUCUUGGGGUGAAAAACACACCGUUUUUUUAAUUCCCUAUACGGAGAUCCUUUAUCUGUAUGGUUUCUUUAAAGAUGUGCGGACAGAAAACCCACAGACGGCGUUCAGGCUUCAAAGUCACGUUAAGCACAAUUCGGUGGGGCACGUGGGCUGCGGAAAGCCUGCAGCCAUGGCACCCCCUUUUUAUGAAGCCAAAUUUCCAAGGUUUGCUGGUGUCGCGUCCUCCCUGGUAGCUGGAAUCUCGUGUCGUGGAGCCCAGUGUUUUGUACUGUAUUUUUUAAUUCCAUCCGAGAGGUUUCUGUAAACAUUGGCAACUUCAUUCGCUGGGAGACCUGUAGUAAAUCCCUGAGCGUGACGUGGAGCUCACUUUGAGUAGCGCACAGGAAAAUUUGAGAUCGUUAACGUUGUCCUAGGGUGAUUUUCAUUUUUAACCUGCUUAAGUAUAUCCAGCACCUGAAAAAUUUAAAUUACCCGUUAGGGCUUCCCAGCUCCGUCUGUGCUUUGACAUCAAGUUCUGCCUCUGCCGGCCGUCUCGCUCGUAACGUCAGGGGUCGUCACGUCCCCAGCCCUGCUUUACUCGGUGCGCUUUGUCGUCGUGGCUCUGCCGAGCGAGCAAGGGGACCUGUGCAAUAACCAAACGCGUCAGAACCCAAACGCUUUUACUUUACUGUCGUCAUGCAGGAGAAACCAGGCGGUUUCUGCCUCGUAUUUACAAAUCCUUUACACCCACCACGGGUCUGCCUUCUCAGCGUGGAGGUUCCUGGUUGAUCCAGAAGAGUAAAACCAACCGAUUGCAUCACCGGCUCGGUAUUGUUUAGUUUGGUAGCGUAGCAAAUAUCAGGUCAUCAGCUCUGUUCAGGCAUGCUGCUGUUUGCUUUCCGAGUCCCGGGCUCGAAAGCUCCCCACAUGCUCCAGCGUGGUAAGGACAUGUACUAGCUUUGGGGUUUUUCCACGGAUCCCAUUACAUGUCGUCUGCGUAGGCGGGGGUUGAGCUUAAGAUGUUUGUAUGGAGAACAAAGCUGAUUCAAAUCACAGAAGCGCUGGGCACAAGGACAAUGUGCAUCUUGAUUUUUGGUUUGCUUUCUUUCCUUUAUAAUGCUUUUUUUUUCUAUUUCUUGCAGAUGUUUGAAGCAACUUUAUAAUUACUUGAUCUCUGCAAACGCAUGCUAUAUGAUCAUAUCAAUUAAUGUGAAAAGUGGAUGUCACAGGAGAAAUUUCAAUACCAAAGUUAGCAGAGGUGAAUUUUUAUUAUUAUUAUUAUUUUUUCCUUACAUGUGCGCGCACACACCGAAAACAGCCCAGAAAAACGUGCUUCCUUUCCAAACGACUGGUCCUCACUGCAAACAGAAACAUCUUUCUCCUGCGUGUUUCCUCCGUCUUUGCCCAUUUUGGAUUUGGGGAAUCUAGAGAGACUCUUCGGGUACUGCUCAAGAGGCAGUGCCGGUGCCUUACUGAGGCCACAGUUCCCUUUUUUUUUUGUUUCUUUGUUUUUCUUUCCCCUUUUUAAUGCCACUUUAAGAGUGCAGUGAUGCUUCAUGGGAAUCAGCCCAGCAGGUAGAGGAGCUCAGAAGCGAUGGCCGGCGAUGCCAGCGCAGUCGGUCGCGUCAGACCCCCGUACCCUUCUACCCCCCCUGCCUUGCUGUUGGCCUUUGCACAUGUACAAAUGGAACCACCCGCAUCGGAGGCUGUAGCAGUGACGAGAAUUAGCGCGGGGGCUUCUCCUUUUUGUUUGCUUGCUUGGGUUUUAUUUUGAGUAGAGUUACGCAGUGGGAGAGGAUUAUCGGACGUCGGUGCCCAUCAUGUCAUGGAAGUCACUUACAGUUUUAUUCCUGUGCUUUUUCAGUCUUGAAGCUGACAAAGGUCUUAGGGCCUAAGAUCUGUUUAACCUUUCCGUGAGGCUUACUGUACAUAGACUUCAUUGGAGACGUAGUGCGCAUGGGUAUAUGCAAACCAGUGACACAAGCACAACUGUACAAGUGUGGCAGUGCUCUUUUUCUCAGCCAUUGUGCAAGACAUUCACUGAAAGCUGCUAUUUUCAUUCACCUUGUAAUUGUACUUUAUUUUUUCUACAUUUUUACAUGUGGGAUAUACACCAUGUGUUAAAUAUGCAAUAAAUUGUUUACAGGAUGCUCUUGUAAAGGGUAGUCCUUUGUAAAGCUGUACAGACUUUGCAGUUUAAGCACAAUGUGCACAUGUUAGUUUUAUAUACGGCCAGACGAGACUUUUUGCAGAAGGAAAGGUUCUACUAUGUUUAUAUUCAAAGCAAAUGGAUCAACGUUUGUGCUUAAUGUAAAGCUGCUUUCUAAGAUUGUAAAAUAAAUUUUUUAUCAUAAGACAAA